AUCUCUAUCCAUCUCUUUUCCGUCUUUGUUUUGUGCAGUCCUAUAUAAACGUAACAGUACCAUAAUUCUUGAUAUUCUCUUGAGUCAGUAAACAGGCCUGCUGCCCUUCUCUCUCCUUUCCUCUCUUUCUUGAGGGAUCUUGUCUUCUACUUGAAAAUAUUCCAGAAUUUUCUAUAAGAUUGUUAAAAGGGUUUACAGAGAGAAGUAAAAGCCCAAAUUUUUAUCAUAUGAAGAUCUAACACUUUGUUUUUCUUCAGCUUUUUUGGUUGAGGAAUAUUUGAUCAGAGGAAACAUGUCUCAGGCUAACUGGGAAGCUGAUAAAAUGUUAGAUGUUUAUAUACAUGAUUACUUGGUAAAGAGGGAUCUGAAAGCCUCUGCUCAGGCGUUUCAAGCCGAAGGAAAAGUCUCAUCCGACCCUGUUGCUAUCGACGCCCCUGGUGGCUUUCUUUUUGAGUGGUGGUCGGUGUUUUGGGACAUUUUUAUAGCAAGGACUAAUGAGAAGCACUCAGAAGUCGCAGCUUCCUAUAUUGAGACGCAGUUAAUCAAAGCGAGGGAGCAGCAACAACAGCAACCCCAACAAACGCCUCAUCCACAACAACAGCAGCAGCAGCAGCAUCAACAGAUGCAGAUGCAACAGCUGAUGUUGCAACGUCAGGCACAACAACAGCAACAGCAACAACAACAGCAACACCAACAACAGCAACAACAACAGCAACAACAACAGCAACACCAACAGCAGCAGCAGCAGCAGCAGCAACAACAACAAGUGCAACAUCAGCAGCAGCAGCAGCAGCAGCAGCAACAGAGGAGAGAAGGGGUCCACCUACUCAAUGGAACUUCAAAUGGGCUUGUUGGAAACGAGCCUCUUAUGAGACAAAAUCCCGGGACUGCAAACGCCAUGGCUACAAAGAUGUAUGAGGAGAAUUUGAAAGUACCACUUUCAAGGGAUUCGUUAGAUGAUGCAGCUAUGAAGCAAAGAUAUGGUGAGAAUGUUGGCCAGCUUUUGGACACGAAACAUGCAUCAAUUUUGAAAUCAGCUGCAUCUGGGCAACCUUCAGGUCAAGUGUUGCAUGGUACAUCUGGCAGCAUGUCGCCUCAAGUUCAAGGACGGAACCAACAACUUCCAGGGUCUGCACCGGAGAUAAAGACGGAGAUGAAUCCAGUAUUGAAUCCCCGAGCUGCAGGCCCUGAAGGGUCAUUGAUUGGAAUUCCUGGUAAUAUUGAUCUAACAGAAGACUUUUUUUGUUCCAAAAAAAAAAUCCUUGCCAAAUGCAUUUUGAUUUUAUUGUCAAACAAAAAUCACAACUUGUUUGUGUACCAAAUAACCAAGUUGCUUUUCGCAGGAUCAAAUCAAGGUGGUAAUAACUUGACAUUGAAAGGAUGGCCUCUAACGGGUUUAGAUCAACUGCGGCCUGGUUUACUACAGCAGCAGAAGUCGUAUAUGCAGGGUUCCCAACCCCUUCAUCAGCUACAAAUGCUCACACCACAGCAUCAGCAACAGCUUCUGUUAGCACAGCACAACAUGACAUCACAAUCGGCUAAUGAUGAAAGCAGAAGACUGAGAAUGCUUCUUAAUAAUCGAAGCAUAAGCAUGGGUAAAGAUGGUCUUUCUAAUUCUGUGGGUGAUGUGGUUCCAAAUCUUGGAUCAUCUAUGCCUGUUCUACCUCGUGGCGAUCCAGAUAUGUUACUCAAGUUAAAAAUGGCUCAACAGCUGCAGCAGCAGCAGCAGCAACAGCAACAACAGCAGAACGGUAACCAACAACAGCAACAACAGCAUCUUCAGCAUUCUCUUUCUGCUCCAUUGAUUCAAAAUUCAAAUCUCAAUCUUCAGCAAGAAAAGAUUUUGGGAACAAGCAGCGUAACCGGGGAUGGAAGCAUGUCAAACUCCUUUAGGGGAAACGAUCAGGCUUCGAAAAACCAGACUGGAAGAAAGAGAAAGCAGCCGGUGACAUCUUCAGGACCUGCAAACAGUACCGGAACUGCAAACACUGCUGGUCCAUCACCAAGUUCAGCACCUUCGACACCAUCAACUCAUACACCUGGAGAUGUGAUCUCAAUGCCUGCUUUGCCACAUAAUGGCAGUUCUUCCAAGUCUUUGUUGAUGUUUGGUGCCGAUGGUCCCACCACUCUUACCUCUCCAUCGAAUCAAUUGGCUGAUAUGGAUCGAUUUGUGGAGGACGGAUCUCUUGAUGAUAAUGUCGAGUCUUUUUUAUCUCAUGAUGAUACCGAUCCAAGGGAUACGGUUGGUCGUUGUAUGGAUGUAAGCAAAGAGUUCACAUUUACGGAGGUCAAUUCUGUUCGUGCUAGUGCAAGCAAGGUAGUCUGUUGCCACUUCUCAUCUGAUGGUAAACUUCUUGCGAGUGGUGGUCAUGAUAAAAAGGCCGUAUUGUGGUACACGGAUUCUUUAAAGCCAAAAAGCACUCUUGAAGAACACUCAUCAUUGAUCACAGACGUGCGCUUCAGCCCAAGCAUGCCACGCCUUGCAACGUCAUCUUUUGAUAAAACAGUCCGUAUUUGGGACGCUGAUAAUCCUGGGUUUUCACUACGCACAUUUAUCGGGCAUUCUGCAUCCGUGAUGUCAUUAGAUUUCCACCCGAAUAAAGAUGACAUCAUCUGUUCGUGUGACGGGGAUGGGGAGAUAAGAUAUUGGAGCAUAAAUAAUGGUAGUUGUGCACGUGUAUUCAAGGGUGGGACGGCUCAAGUGAGAUUCCAGCCACGUCAUGGAAGGUACCUUGCAGCAGCUGCAGAGAACAUCGUAUCGAUACUGGAUGUGGAGACGCAAGCUUGUCGACAUUCAUUACAGGGGCAUACAAAACCGAUUCAUUCCGUUUGCUGGGAUCCAAAAGGUGAGUAUUUGGCGUCUGUUAGCGAAGACUCCGUCAGAGUUUGGUCCCUUAUGUCCGGUAACGAAGGGGAGUGUAUACAUGACCUUAGCUGUAAUGGAAACAAGUUCCAUUCUUGCGUUUUUCAUCCCAGUUAUGCUUCGUUAUUGGUCAUCGGCUGUUACCAGUCUCUGGAGCUAUGGAACAUGUCGGAGAACAAGACAAUGACCCUGUCGGCACACGAUGGACUAAUUGCAGGUUUGGCUUUGUCAACGGCUACGGGUUUGGUAGCGUCGGCUAGCCAUGAUAAGAUCGUAAAACUUUGGAAGUGAUGAGUUGAAAACUAGAUUUGGUUUGUGAACUACUGGCUGUUUUCUGUAUGUUCAACUUUUAAUCUAAUCUGGGUAACUGUUGUAGUUGUUGUUUCAUGUCAUCAAUGGAAAAAAAAGCCCAUCUUUGGUAUCAGUUUGGAAAUGCUUAAAUGGAUAAGGAAAGGUUUAAUAGAUUUUGUGUUAUUAAGUUUGCUUAACAUGUAAACUGAAUAAAAGUGAUAUUUUAAUGAAAUCUUUCUUUUUUCCCCUUCAA